CUGGUGGCUGGUCACGUAGCAGGUCAUUAUAGUCGCCGAAUCGGCGGUCGGAAUUUUUGAACAUGUGUUGUACUGUUGUUUGUUUACUUGCAACUUGUUAGUAGAAGUCUGACAAAUCUGACAGUACGUGUUGCUGAUUCCAUUCUAUGUUAUGCUAAGCCGGCGUCCUUAACUUGAAAUGUUGUAAGAGGUGAAAAGAAGACUGACGUUCCUUCUUGGCAGUGGCCACCCUCACUCUUCAGUGUCAGCAAAGAGGAUGGCUUGGCAAGAUACUCUAUAGACUAUAUGGUCUAUGGCUAACAAGUGAAUGAGACAUCAACUUCCUACCCAUAUACAGCUUUUUUGGUUGAAACAUUGUGAUCAAGUGCUGAAAGAUGCAGAUGCGUACACUGAUCCAGCAUUACAACGCCUAGAAAACAUGAAACGUAUCAAAAGAAGGUUGCUGCACGCGAUUCAGAUUUUUAACCAGCUUGUCACUGCCAAACAUCUGCUGAGGGACUUUCUCCGCAUUCUUGUUGGAUUUUGUCUCGGCUUUCUCUGUCACCGCCUACUGUCGCCGACAACUGGUUUCGGCCAUGCAAGGACGAGCCGGGGAGAAGAAUGGGGACGGGAUGGAAACCGUCGCAGCGAUGGCAGCUGGCAGUAUGCUCCUGCAGCGAUCAUGGAGUGUCCCCCAUGUCCCAUAUCGUGCAGCAACGAUGCUGCGCUUGCAGUGGAACAGCUGCAAUUAACAAGGUACCGGCCCCGCACGCGCUUCGAGGUGAUCGCCUACAACUACGUCGACGCUGCCGGACAGCUGUACGGUAACUAUGACGACGAGCCGCGCAUCGGCGCGCCGGGCCACCAGCGCCGCGCGCUCCGCCGCCUGCUCAGCCACGCCGAGCAGCUGCUGCAGCAUCGACACGGACCCGCCUGCCGCCUCGGCUCCCUGCUCGCCGGAUACCACAGAUACGAACCCGGGGAGUUCGCCGAAUAUGUUCUCGACGUUGUCGUGAAGAACGCCGUCAACGGUUCACAGUUCGUCGAUCGCCUCGAGUUGUUCACGCCGCUAGGCGGCAUCAUCGCCCGCCAGGGGGCGCUGACACCCUCGUCCGAGACCAUCUACUUUGUGUUGCCGGCGACGACAUCCGCGCUGCCGCGUCUGCGUGCGUUCCUGCGUCGCUACGGCGACGAGUUUCUCGCGAGGGGCGAGAACGUGCAUCUUCUCGUCGUCGUGACGACGGAUGACGGCGGCAGAGGUGGGGUCAACGAGGUCAAGGCCAUGCUGAAGAGUCUGUGGCGGGAGCAGUCGACGACGUAUGUCCGGGUGAUCGAGCUCGAUGGACCUUUCUCACGGUGA